AUGAUCAACCAUAGUAGAGAAUCACGUAGUCGUUCUGUUCAAGGUCUGUCGUGUGUUGUUUCUAGUCCCAUUAUGAAAAUACCAUUACCUCCCCGUCUGUGGAUAACAGACGUGGAAGACGAAACGUCCGAUGAAAACAGUGCUAGCAUGAGGGAUGAAGGGGUCGUUAUGGCAGAAAGAACAAAAAUUAGGUCUCGGUUUCGCCACCAUAAACAGCGUUGCACAUAUAGUGUCCCAAUUGGUAUAUUUUGGGACAUAGAAAACUGUCAGGUGCCACGAGGAUGUUCUGCAAUAGAUGUGGUAGCAGCAAUCCGAGCCAAGUUUCUUUCUGGGAGAAGGGAAGCUGACUUUGUUGUUGUUUGUGAUGUGCGUAAGGAGGCUACAAAUAGAUUACAAGAACUUAAUGAUGCCCAAGUGAGCCUAAUUCAUGUAUGCGGUACUCAAAAGAAUGCAGCUGAUGAAAAAUUAAGGCAAUGCAUGAGAAGAUUUGGUGAGCUUCAUUCAGCUCCAGCUGCAUUACUCCUAAUCUCAGGAGAUAUCAAUUUUGCUGCAGACUUAUCUGAUUUCCGACAUAGGAAAAAUAUGGAGGUUAUAUUGGUGCACAAACAGAACACAUCUUCUGCCUUAAUUACAUGUGCUUCUUCUCAUUAUUGUUACAAUGAAAUAACUGCACAUCUGCCGAGAAAUCCGAAGGUCAGUCAAACAGAGGAAGAAGAGGAACCCACAUGUGAAAUGGAGGUUGCAAAUCUUCCUAUGGAUCAACCACCAGAGAGAGUCUCACGACGGUUGCGAAGGCUGGCGGAUAAUUGCGGAGGAAAAGUACUCCGAGUGACGGCGCCCACUGCGGUUUUGAGGUUUCCUACGCCGGAUCACGCCUCAAGGGCGCUUAAGCGAAUGGAAGGAGAGGAUGUUUUCGGACGAAAGAUCAGCACGCGGUACGCUCGUGGCGCUUUCCAAGCGACAUACUCCAGUGACGAAGGAUACAGCACUGCACCCACGCAACCCUCUCACCCACCACUACUCUCUUCAGUUCAGCAAAUGCAUCAGGUCGAGAUAAGUGCCGAAGCGACUGCGAGAAGUGUUGCAAGCGACUGGGCGUUGGCUUUACAGCAGUUGCCCGCACCCACUCCGCCACCUCUGGACUUCUGCCCACCUCCUGCGCCCAAGCCGCGGAAGAUAAGGGGCACCCACGGGUCAGCGAGCUUAGACAGGUCGGGCUGGUCGUCGAGCAACAGCGGCGACGACAGCCGGCAGCGCGACGGCCAGAGCCGCGCGGGCUCGCCGUGGAACUCGUCCGCCAGCUUCAGCGAGCACAGCGACGCCGAGCUCGAGCCCGCCGCCGAGCUCACCGUGUCCAACCUGCCGCCGUACGAGCCCGCCGUCUUACAGGAGCUGCUGACGAAACUGUUCAAGCAGUAUGUGGCAGUGGUGCGCGUGAGCGUGUGGACGGGUGGAGAGGGCCCGCUGGCGAGCGUGCUGCUACGCUCCGAGUGGGACGCGCGCCUGGCUAUCGCGCGCGUGCACAAGCGGCGCCUGGAGCAGCAGUGGGCUGGCCGCCGCCUGGAGCUGGCGCUGGGCCGGCCGGCGCCCGCGCCCGGUGCCGACGUGCUGCGCGCGCGCCUGCGUGCCAUCCUGCUUGAGCAGCCCGGCCACGCGCUGCCGCUGCUGCGCCUGCGCGAUGCGUACGCGAGCCGCCACUGCUGCGCGCUCACCACGUCCGACAUUGCAAAAGUCAGGGACACUGUCGUGGUGCACGAGGGCUGCGGGCGUAUGGUGCAGUUGGUCGACCUCACGCCCGUCACGUCCGUGGAAAUGGAGGAGGCGCCCUGGAAGUGUCAAUUGCACGCCACCAUAAACACCGGACACGAGGACGGAAGCCGAAUAUUGCAGCCGGUUUUCAUGGAGAUAUCGCUCCUAGCGAGGAACGCGCAGGUGCUGCUCGAAAAUCACGGCGGUAUUUUGCCGUUGUUAAGUUUUGUGGAGUGCUAUGAAGCUAUGUUCCCACCGCUGGUGGCGGACCCACGACGUGGCGUGGCCUUAGAACUGCUAUUGCGAAGCGUUCCUAAUAUGGAAGUCAGAGACAGCCCAUCCAGGCACCUCGCCUGGCGCACUAACCGAUCCGAUACGCCCCCGUCCAAUUGUAAUCAAAGUGAUACAUCCCGCUCGAGUGGCGAACGCGAAAAACCUCGAACGGCUCCUGCGCUGGAACCAAUGUUGGCGCUGUUCGAACGAGAGCUCAUAGAUUUGCUGCGAACUGCGCCGCGAUGCUGCAUACCGUUUAGCAAGUUGAUUCCAUCUUUCCAUCAUCACUUCGGUCGACAGUGCCGCGUCGCUGAUUAUGGAUUCACUAAGCUCCCUGAUUUGCUUGCCGCUCUAAGUAACACAAUCGUGGUGCUCGGCUCAGGAUCGUAUCGCGUUAUAACUAUAUCCGCUGCAGCUCAGAGUCGACGCUGGACGUCCGACCUCGUGAAACUCCUAAAAGCGCAACCUGGCCGAGCCAUCUCUCCACACGAUAUACCACAACUGUACCAAGCUACGUUCGGACGCCCCUUCUCACCGGUAGACUAUGGUCUAUGUACACUCGACGAGUUAAUGCAACGAGUUACUCCGCAAACCGUCGUAAUGUCUCCCGACAACACCAUUGCGUUACCACGCCGAACGCCGACCCCCGAAGAAAGAGCCCGAACUGCCCAGUUCGCAGUACAAGCUGUGGAAUUACUCUGUUACACGCCCAACCUUCGAAUGGAGUUUUCGCGCUUCGUGCCUGCAUAUCACGCACACUUCGGCCGCCAAUUGCGCGUCGCGCAUUACGGUUGUGUUAAACUUGUGGAACUAUUCGAAUUGAUCCCAGAAACAGUGUCAGUGUGGUGCGAAGCAAACGGUGAACGCGGCGUUCGUUUGGCCGCCCAAGCGGCCCGUGCCGCUAUGGCGCAAAGACUGAAAGCUCUGACGCCGGCUCCAUUCAAAAUGCUGCCAGCGCUUUACGCUACGAGAUUCGGCGCACCGCCCCUACCCGACGUCCUCAACGUGAGCACGCUGGAGGAACUAAUUUCAGUCGCUGGCGGGUGUAUCGAAGGCGGAGUGGUGCACAUGGCGGGCGACGCGCCGCGCUUUGCGAACGCGGCCUUAGCCGCUUGCUCGGUCCUCUCCGCUGACAGGAGUGUAGCCCGUGGCUCUACUGAGGAGUACUUCGUUAGCGCGUUCAGACGUCUCCGCGGCGAGGAUCCGGAUCUUGGGGAACUGGUUGCCUCUGGUGUAGUGGAGAGAUUGGAACGUCAUGUGAGAUUGACGCCAGUUUGGCGCACUGUGUGGCGAUUGGCACAGAUCCUAGCCGAUCACACCGCAGCGAUGCCUGCUGUGGAAAUAUUUAACCAGUAUACAAGACGCUUUGACCCGUCAUUUGCUUGCGCUGAUAAGGGUGCGGAGAGUGUGUCAGAUUUGUUGCGCUGUUACCGCGCCUUGUUUACCGAAGUAAACGGUAACGGAAUGGAAGGUUCCAAAUGGACAUUGUGUGGCGGCGUUAUUGUACCUCCCUCCCUACGGGCACCUCUGCAUGAAGACUACUCUGUGCAUGAUACACCACCUGGUCAAAAGGGAUCCCGUGUCUUCGAGUCUCCUAGGAACAACAUUUGGUGUUCACCACCGGCCAGCGCCUUGCCGACUCCGACGGCUUUGUUAACUCAAGAUAAUAGACGUCGUACUCGUUUGGCGGCCCAGUUCGAUGCAGUGUAA